CAAUUUUAAGGAAGUUUUUGCUUAGGAACACUAGACAGCACAUCAGCACUAUACCUGGGUCAUUUUAAACAGCGAAAUCAUCAACAAAAAUACAAAAAUGUGGCAUUAAGAGACCAUAGAAAGGACACUUUUUUGCUGUAUGGUGGCUGAAACAAGGCAGAAAAUUACCUAGUUUGACUUCAGCUGGAAAUGAAUGUUGGGUAGCUCAAAAUUUUUGCCAUUCUAUACAUGCAUUAUGUCUACAAAUGACCACAAAAGUGCCACAACUAUUAUUUAGGGGUUACAAAUAAAUUUUAGUGAGUGGCAUAUUUGCAAGUAUGGAAUCUGCAAAUAAUGAGAACUGAGUGUCUGUGAAUACAUUCUAAAUAUUAAAAUGAAAAGUAAAAAUAUAGGACUUUCUUUCCCAUCUCUACCAUUUCCCCUCCCACUCCAUCUUUCUAGAAGUAACCAGUUUUUUGUGCAUUUACAUAUUGUGCACUUACAGAAAUAAAUACGUAUUGUUUAAUAAAUGGAUCUCAUGAUAUAUACUGUUCUAUAGUUUGCUUUUUUCCUCAGGAUGUCUUGGAUAUCUUUCCACAUCAAUAUGCACAGAAUUAUCUCAUUCUUUUUUAAUAUUCUGUGGUGUGCAUGAACCAUUAUUUAGCCAUUCCUCUCUUCAUAAGUAUUUAGUUUCUUCACUAUUAUAAUAAUGUGCAGUGAACAUUUUGUAACUGUUUCUUUGUCCGUAUGUGCAGGGUUUUCUCUGGAUUACAUAUAUAAAAAUGAAAUUGCUGAGCAGAAAGGUAUAUACACUUUAAAUUUUGUUAGAAAGGUAAUUGUAUCAGUUGGAUCCUCUGGGAUGCUGACACUGAGAUGGAGUUAGAACUGCAAGCAGCGUUCGAAGGAGCACUCACUGUGGGCCUCGUGCGACAGUGUCAAACAAUCCAUGGACGAGACCGGACAUGCAUCCCACCUCGGCUUCCCCCAGAGUGGGUCACCACACUGUUUUUUAUCAUCAUGGGAAUCAUUUCAUUGACUGUCACAUGUGGUUUGCUGGUGGCUUCCCACUGGCGGAGAGAAGCUACAAAAUAUGCCCGAUGGAUAGCAUUCACUGGAAUGAUCCUUUUCUGUAUGGCUGCCCUAAUAUUUCCGAUAGGAUUUUACAUCAAUGAAGUCGGAGGUCAACCUUAUAAAUUACCCAACAACACAGUGGUUGGGUCAUCAUAUGUACUUUUUGUCUUAUCAAUUUUCUUUACAAUAGUAGGACUUCUAUUUGCUGGCAAAGUUUGUUUACCAGGCUGAUGAAUGUCUAAAUUGCUCAACUCUUUUAUUAUUUUUUAUUUUAUUUUAUUUUUUUAUUUUUGGAGGGGGGAGGACAAAGGCAAGGCAUCUGAGUAGUCCUCUCAUAGGAGGAUGCUUAGAUGAAACUGAUGGUGAAAAGGAAAAAAAAAAUG